GCGCACGAAAAGAACACACGAGUUUUCACACACGUACAGCGCUGAGAAAACUGCUGAAAUUUCGUGAAACCGUGCAAAGGUUCGCCUUGUGACGCCGUGUGUUCAUCUUAGCCGCUCAAAAGACCCCGAAAGAACUGCUGCCACAACAUGGGUAACGUGUUGGCAUCCUCGAAACCGAUUGCUGGGCCCGGUGGAUUACCACCGCCGAUGCCCACAGAAGCGCUCACGUCGGUCGGCGAUGGUGCCGGUGCACCGGAUAAAGCAUCGGGUGAUGCAAAACCAUUAGAAAAUCCCGGAACAAUGGAAGAACUACACAGGAAAUGUAAAGAUGUGAUGCCUACAAACUUUGAAGGAGCCAAACUGAUGAUAAACAAGGGCUUAAGCAACCAUUUCCAGGUAUCACAUACGAUUAAUCUGAACUCUUCGAAUACUAGCGGUUAUCGCUUUGGUGCGAUGUACGUUGGCACUAAACAACUUUCCCCAACGGAAGCAUUUCCCGUCGUGCUCGGUGAUAUUGAUCCAUCGGGAAAUCUAAAUGCAAAUAUUAUUCAUCAAGUAACACCGAAUGUUCGGUGCAAAUUCGCAUCACAGAUCCAAAGCAGUAAAGUAACGGCGGCACAACUUACGACAGAUUACAAGGGACCGAACUAUACAACCUCGCUCACGGUCGGCAAUCCAAAUAUCAUUAAUAAUUCGGGCGUCAUGGUCGCGCAUUAUCUACAGGCCAUUACGAAUCGAUUGGCAAUGGGUGGAGAGUUUGCCUAUCAGUACGGCCCGGCCGUUCCCGGUGGACAAAUCGCUUUAAUGUCUGCUGCUGCCAGGUACGCAACGGAUCUGUACACAUGGUCCGGCACGGUUGGCGCAGCAGGAGUGCAUCUUUGCUAUUAUCAGCGUGCCAGCGAGCAACUUCAAAUUGGAGCGGAAGUAGAAACCAACUUCCGGAUGCAGGAAUCUGUUGCCACCAUUGGCUAUCAGGUGGACCUACCAAAGUCGGACCUAGUGUUCCGGGGUAUGGUGGACAGUAACUGGACGGUAGGAGCCGUCCUAGAGAAAAAGUUACAACCAUUACCCUUCACCUUCGCACUCAGUGGUAUGCUGAAUCACACUAAAAAUCAAUUCCGACUCGGGUGUGGGUUGAUUGUGGGCUAGGUGCGUUAAACUCUAGUGAACCGAAUAGAAGACAUAUUGAAGGCGAUCAAAGUAAGCAUUUCCUGUCAAAUUCCGACACAUUCUUAUAACUGGACUGGCAAAAUGAAACGAAACCUGCAAUAGAAUGGCAGUAAUUUCGUACGCAAAUAGCAAAGAAAAAAGUUAGAGAAGAGCUACACCAUAAGGCUGGACAGGAAGACUAAGGGGUUUAUAGUUGGCAAGGUUAUCAACAAUAUUCAUAGUUGCUAAGCAAAAAUGGGCACGCCCGCUGUACACUGUGUGUUGUACAGAAAAGAAGGUUUACAUAGUGUUUAUAAUCGGCCCAACUUUCCUGUCCAGCACUGCCGAACCCAAUAUCUGUGCGACACAAAUCCGUUUCCUCUGUUUCACUUGCGAUGAAAAUGUUGGUAGUAUUGCGUUUGUGCCUGCCUGCGCCAUAGUGUAUCAUCAAGAAAUAAAUGUUUCAUUAAUGCGAGCCACAAAUUAUAGGGGAAUCGUCCUUGUACCGGAAAGCACCCUUGGAGUAAAACAUUCAAUUGGAUAAAUAUGUUGCGGCAAUUUCUCGUAUCAACUCCUACUUAGACAUCAUGGGGGGUUUUGUUUGUUUGUUUACAAGAUAUUUUACAGUCAUUGAUUUUUUUAUUAUUAAAAUCGGUUAAAAUCUUUACCAAUUAAUG